GGCAGGAGGCGCGGCUCCGCCCUCCCGCAGUCCGGAGUGAACGGACGAGCCCCGCAGGCCGCAGCCACAGCCCACAACCCAAGCGCAGCGCGGGCGCUUCCCUCUGCUCCACUCCCGUCCCCGUGCCUGCGUGCGCUCUGCCGCCGCCGCCGCCGCCGCCGCCUUCCAUUCCACCGCGCGGCGCUGCCGACGUCCCUCGCCGCGGCCGGAGGGAGCUGGUCUGGGUUGGAUUGGAUCUCUCGGAGCGAGAUGGGCGGCGGCAACGGCGAUGGAACCACCCCGCUGGGGGAGCCGCUGCUGGCGAAGAAGGGGAGGGCGUACCGGCCGAGGUGCCCCGGAUGCCGGGUGGACCGCCUGAACGCGGAGCGGGAGGGGGUGUUCCCUCUCAAGGACCUCUUCCUCAUCUGGCUCGUCACCAUCACCUGCACCUUGCCGAUCCAGUCUCUGUUUCCCUUCUUGUAUUUUAUGAUAAGGGAUCUGCAUAUUGCUAAACAAACACAAGACAUUGGAUUUUACGCUGGUUUUGUUGGCGCUUCAUAUAUGUUUGGGAGAGCACUCUCCUCAACAAUAUGGGGAAUCGUGGCUGAUAAGUAUGGAAGGAAACCAGUUAUCGUACUGACCCUUGUUGCAAUAGUUAUCUUCAAUACUCUCUUUGGACUAAGCUUAAACUAUUGGAUGGCAUUAAUCACACGAUGCCUGCUUGGGGUCAUGUGUGGUUAUCUCGGGCCAAUUAAGGCUUAUGCUACAGAAGUUGUCCGAAAAGAAUACAACCAUCUAGCUUUAGCAGUUGUUUCUUCCUCACGAGGCAUUGGUCUCAUUAUUGGACCAGCUAUUGGUGGUUACCUUGCACAGCCUGCAGAUAAAUAUCCAAGCAUAUUCUCUCAGACAUCCAUAUUUGGGAGGUUUCCAUAUUUUCUUCCCUGCCUGUGUAUAUCGAUCCUUGCAGUUAUUGCUCUAAUUGCCUGCAUCUGGUUUCCGGAAACUUUGCAUAAACACAAUGAGGAUACCGUUGAUAAUUCAGUUGAAACUGUAGAAGAAUCUCUUGCUGGUACAGACACUGAAGAAAAUGGAGGUGGUGGAUGUCUAACAUUGUUUAAAAACUGGCCGUUGAUGUCAUCUAUUACUUUAUAUUGUAUCUUCUCUCUUCAGGAUGUGGCUUAUGCAGAGACGUUCUCUCUUUGGGCUGUCAGUGACAGAUCAUAUGGUGGAUUAAGCUUUACUACCACAGAUGUGGGCAAUGUCCUUGCAAUGUCAGGUCUCUUCCUUUUUCUGUAUCAAAUGUUGAUUUAUCCAUUGCUUGCAAAAGCGGUGGACCACAUCACAUUAGUUCGUGCAGUGGCGAUAUUGACUCUACCACUUCUUGCUAGCUAUCCAUUCUUUCCUUCAUUGAAAGGGUUCGUGCUUAUGUUGGUAGUAAAUUGUGCAUCUUUUCUGAAGAAUACUUUCUCGGUAACUACCAUUACCGUGUUCAACAUUUUGAUGAAUGAAGCUGUGACUCAGGAUGUAAGAGCUGCAGCCAAUGGCAUAGCUGUAACACUAAUGUCCAUCUCAAAAGCUGUUGCUCCAGCUGUUGCAGGAAUUAUAUUUUCAUGGGCCCAGAGGCGUCAAACAGCUUCGUUUCUUCCAGGCGACCACUUGGUGUUCUUCAUACUGAACAUCUUCACACUCACCGGUCUCAUCUUCACCUUCAGACCGUUUUUUGUUCGAGGCAGCGCGAAGCACUGAAACAUGAAUGAAGCAGACCCAUGGUAAUAGGUAUCCUAUCCAGGGGCAAUGAAAUAUAAAUUUUCUUCCGGCGUGGCCGAGGGAGGUGCCGAGCCUGUACGACUGAGGCAAGAGCACAAGCGUAUGGUACACAGCAAGGCUGUGUUGUUGUAAGUUUUGUAAUUUCUGUUUAUUCUUCUCGGCUUCGCAGCAUGCAUCAGUUGCUGUAUAUGAUGGAACAACGUCUGUUACUGGGCAUGUUGCUCGGUUUUCACGCGUGUAAGUAAUGUAGAAAUCGUUAUGGUAGGUAUUUCCAUACUGUCAUUAGUGGAGCAUUGAUUUUUUGUAAGGAAGUUAUCACAAUGCCUUUUUUUCCGGGCAUGAAUAAGAAAAGGGAAAUAUGCUUAUAUGCAUACUAUGAAUAAGUGAGCAAUGGACUUGUACUGUAUUCGUGAUC